AUGCGUCUUCUCCGAUGCUUCCGCUCCCUACAGGGCCGGCCCAGGCCCAGGCCCAGUGCAAGUGACUGCGCCAUUUGCUGCUUCCUCCGUCUUCUCCGUCCCCCUCCCCUACCUCCUUCAUCCCUAACGCUCAAAAAAAAAAAAAAAAACUCCAUCCCUGAGCACUCCCAGUCCCAGGCCAUUAGCCUAGCUAGCUACCCCCUCCAUGCGAGGGCAGAAAUGGCGCCCGCCUCCGCCUCCUUCGCCGUCUCCCUCUCCGCCCCCAUCCGCUUAAUCCCGCCCAGAUGCUUCCGCGGGAGGCCUAGGCGGUCCCGCCCAAUUAGGGCUUCGAGCGACACGAAUGGCGCCCCGGACGGGGAGCGGAGGAUCGGGGUUCUGGAGAGGAGGGUGGGGGAUUUGAGGGCGCUUGUCGCCUCGCUGCCUCCUGCUGUCGUCUCGAUCAGGAAAAACAUUGGACUAAAUUCCAUUGCAGGCUUCAGUUUCGGCAUUGCAUUUUUGGCUGCUCUCGCAAGACAGGUCAUCAUAAGAACUCAACAGCAAGAUAGUAGUGGUUCUGUUUCUGAUCUAGUAAGGCGCGGGCAUCUAAAGUCUGGGCAACGUGGGAUUGCAAAACCACGUGUGUACAGUGAUCCUUUCAAUAAUUCGUUAGUCAAGAUCGAUGAAGGUACUUCUACUGCUCAGAUGUUUGGCAAGGAGUACCGCAUGGCUCCUGUCCGGCUUACAAAUGAACAACAGGUCAUGCAUCAGAAAAGGAGAUCACAUGCAUAUCAGUGGAAAAGGCCCACUGUGUUUCUUAAAGAAGGUGAUCCCCUGCCACCAGAUGUCGAUCCAGGGACAGUUAGAUGGAUUCCAGUAAACCACCCAUUUGCUGCUGGUUCGGUUGAAGUAGAUGAGGAGACUGCCAAAAGGAAUGUUUAUCAAAAGGAUGGUGUCCCGUCCCGUGUUAAAGCCGAACAUGAAGCUUUGAGGGCAAGGCUAGAGGCUUCAAAUGAUGUAACACCAUUCUCUUCCGGUCCAAGGGGUAUGCAACAUAGUGCAAGAUCAUCGAAGUUAUCAGACGAGCCAUCUGGGAAUCUGCAACAGUCUAAACCUGACAUGGUGAAUGACCAAAAUGGCCAACCAAUGUUAGAGCCUGAGCCUGAGAGCUCUGACAACGGUUCACUAUCAAAAAGCUUGGAAGGACAAUAA